AUUCAUUCAUCGCGUAGCAGUGAGCGAAAACGGUGGGAAGUGUGUUGUGUUGCUGUUGCUGCUGCUGAAAGAAGCAUAAACAAAAAGUGCAUUAUUUUGAAAGCGGUCUCUAGUUUAGUGGGUUUACUAGCGCGUUGUGAUUCCCUAAAGAAACAGUUCGAAAAAUGCAGUCGCAUAGCAAGAAACGGGUUUGCUAUUACUACGACAGUGACAUCGGCAACUACUACUAUGGCCAGGGACAUCCGAUGAAGCCGCACCGCAUACGUAUGACGCACAACCUGCUGCUCAAUUAUGGUCUCUACCGGAAGAUGGAAAUCUAUAGACCACACAAAGCCACUGCCGACGAAAUGACGAAGUUCCACUCGGAUGACUACAUUCGGUUCCUGCGUUCGAUCCGUCCUGACAACAUGUCCGAGUACAACAAGCAGAUGCAGAGAUUUAACGUCGGCGAGGAUUGCCCGGUGUUUGACGGACUGUACGAAUUCUGCCAGCUGUCGGCCGGUGGAUCGGUGGCAGCUGCCGUGAAGCUCAAUAAACAGGCAUCGGAAAUUUGCAUCAACUGGGGCGGUGGAUUGCAUCACGCGAAAAAAUCCGAAGCUUCCGGAUUCUGCUACGUGAACGACAUCGUGUUAGGUAUUUUGGAACUUCUAAAAUACCACCAGCGGGUGCUGUACAUCGAUAUUGAUGUGCAUCAUGGGGACGGUGUGGAGGAGGCGUUCUACACCACGGACCGCGUGAUGACGGUGAGCUUCCACAAAUACGGAGAGUACUUCCCAGGAACGGGUGACCUGAGGGACAUCGGAGCCGGGCGGGGCAAGUACUACGCCGUGAAUAUUCCGCUGAGGGACGGAAUGGACGACGAGUCGUACGAGUCGAUCUUUGUGCCGAUCAUUUCGAAGGUUAUGGAAACCUUCCAACCUUCGGCGGUGGUGCUCCAGUGUGGUGCCGAUUCCCUCACCGGUGAUCGUCUUGGCUGUUUCAACCUCACAGUCAAGGGCCACGGCAAAUGUGUAGAAUUUGUUAAAAAAUACAAUCUUCCUUUCCUGAUGGUGGGCGGCGGUGGCUAUACCAUCCGCAACGUGUCCCGCUGCUGGACCUACGAAACUUCCGUCGCACUCGGUUCCGAGAUUGCGAAUGAACUGCCGUACAACGACUACUUCGAGUACUUUGGACCGGACUUCAAACUGCACAUUAGCCCCAGUAAUAUGAGCAACCAGAACACGACAGAAUACCUGGAGAAGAUCAAGAAUCGGUUGUUCGAAAACUUGCGCAUGUUGCCACACGCGCCGGGUGUGCAGGUGCAAGCCAUCCCGGAAGAUGCUGUGAACGAGGAAAGCGACGACGAAGACAAAGUCGACAAGGACGAGCGGUUGCCCCAGGCCGACAAGGACAAACGGAUAGUACCGGAUAAUGAAUUCUCCGACUCGGAAGACGAGGGCGAGGGCGGUCGAAGGGACAACCGAUCGUACAAAGCUGGUGCCCGAAAACGGCCGCGGCUUGACAAGGACGCCAAGUCGGAAGACAUGAAGGACGAUGCUGAAGUGAAAGCCGAAACAACGGGUGAUAAAGAGGAGGUCAAAGCCGGUGGUGAGGAAUCGUCAAAGAAGGAAACGACCGCCGUUGCAUGAUCGGCGCUGGCCGCGUACCGGAAAUAGCCCGCCACUAGCAUAAUGAAACAGUGAUUUUUCCGCGCGCCGCCAGAACACAAUGAAUGGCAUGAGACACAAAACUAACACAGCCACGCAUAACAGAUAACGGAAACAUCCACACAAGCGUACACAUUCGAGACGACAGUAGGCUCGACCCUGUUCUGAUGUUAGUCUGUAAGGGCAAGUUUAUGUUCAUCACUUCUUAGACAAAGCGAUAGUUUUUAAUCUAUUCUGUUUUUUAACGACUGUGACGAAAAUAAGACGGACUCUUAUUGAUUUAAACGUUUCUAUCAUUUCUGCAUCUAUAUUUAAAAAUGUAAGAAAACAAAUAAAAUGGCAGAAAACAAACAGA